CUGAUUUAGGGUUAGCACCACUUUUCGCUCUUAUCCCAGCUGUCAUUGGACUUUCAACAGGCUGUAUUGAAUUUUACCGGGAUUUACGAUUUGUUUAUUUUAAUUUACGCAGUCUUUUUUUAACACUUGGAUGUAAAUUUAUAAUAAAUAUGUAGAAGGCAUCAAUGCUCAUCAUUGAUUAAAUAUUUUCAAAAUGGCAAAACGUUUCCAGCCUUUUAAAGAGUUCGGCCGAAGCACGAAAAAACCGAAAUUAGAUGUCAGCAUAAACAAAGGGCGUCCGCUAGGACCAAGCCAGUCUUGGCCAAAUCACCUACGCCCCAAUGCUGUGGAGGUGGCGAGAGUGGACAGCCCGGUGGGCUGUGGCUCAAACAAUAACAAUUUGUGGGACGAUGAUGACGACGAUGUUAUACUGCUAGCAACACAGGUAGCUGAAUCCCAAGUGGCAAUCAAAAGUGCAUCGGCGGUAAAUAUCUCCGAAAGUGAUAUUACUUUCAGUGAAUUCGCACCACAUGUGCAUGCCACCACAAGCACACAGCGAAUUACAACAACGACAUGUGCCGCGGUAAAAGCCACUGUAAGCGCGCCACCGACCACAGUGGAUAAAAACAAUCAUUCGGAAUUAUUUCUUGAUGAUGAUGAUGACCUUGUCGAGUUGUUGGAUGCGGCAACGAAUGGCCAAAAGCCCGAAAAUACAAGUGGAGCGCGGCAAAACCAGGAAGUAGAAAGUGUUUUUAAAAAACCGACGCAAGUACUAAGUGGAAUAAAUGGUGUCAGUAAAAGAAUGUCAAUGGGAUCGACCCAAGCUCCCGCUAUAGAUGGACAAAGUGCAGCAGUGCGUCGUCAAGUAGCAACGGAGCGGCAAGUAAAAAUGCUGACUGAACGUUUGGACGCGUUGAAAGCAGAAAACGCGAAGCUUGCGAAAGAUCUCAGUGAAUCGAAAGGCAAAAUCGAAAGCAAGGAUGGAGAGUCCUCCCUGCUGCGAGAUGAGCUGCGCCAUAUGAAGCAACAAUUGCAAACAUUGAAAAUGGAGAAAAUUAUGAGCGCUGAAGCCGCCAAAACGGAAUGCAAAACAAAAAUUGCCGAACUGGCUAGACGUGUGGAGGCCAAGGAGUCGGAGUUAAAAUUACGAAACGUAGAAUACUCUGUUCUAAAGAUGCGGCACGCCGAUGAAACCCAGCGGCUGGAAAUGAGUAUACGCAAUGCUAAUGUUACCGGCGAUGUGCCAAUGGAGGAAGGCGUCGAAAAUCCACAGGAAAUCUGUAAUGUUCGUUUUCUAUGCCGCCUGCGCAAUUUAUCAUUGACAACACCGCAGCGCGCGCUAUUGAAUUCGCAACUCACCGAAAUGAAUGCUAGCGCCUAUGAACGUCCCCGAGAGCGCGGCGACACAAAACGUCAACAGACGCCGUUUCAGCAGGAAUUGGCUAAUGCACAAACGCUGCUGGCGCAAUUACAAUUGCAGCAGCAAAAACGGUCAUGGACUACCGCCGAAGCAAUGGAUUUCAAUGAACGCGCUAUUGCAUCUGCUUGCAAUGCGUUGCCCGAAUUUUGGACUUACGUGCAUGGACUUGAGUUCCCCAAGCACUGUAACAUACAUCCCUAUCAUGAUUAUGAUCUGCGUAAGGACGACCAAACGUUCAGUGCGCGCAAUUUACAUGUAGCGCAAGAAUUUCAUGCAGAUGAACGCGCGGUUAGUUUGCGGCGCUAUGUGGCUGCUUUGAGUGUAAUGUGCGCGCAGGCGCCAAAUUUCGCACAACAACUGCUCAAGCAAGAACAUGGCGAUUACGCACUGCUGCAGGUCGCAUGCCAUGCCAUUUCCAAAUUGGGUUAUUCCAGUGAGAUCUGUGCGCAUUUCGGAGCGCUGGAAGCAUUUGCAACGCUCUUGCGCGUGCUAUUGCGUCAGAUGCGCGCAGAUAGUGAGGAUCACUUCGAGUUGCUAGUAGGCGGAUUGCUGAAACAGCUAAUUUUUGUGCGUCCGAGUGCGUGGAUUUUUCAGGAGAUAUCCUAUUCGGUGCUGGAGUUGACGCGAUUGCCAGCAGCCUUAGCGCUGCUCUGCGUAAAUAGCGACGAAAGCACAUUCUAUAGCGAUCGCAUGCGUUCACUCUAUCGCUUCUCAAAUGAUUCAUGCAUUCUGCAAGUAUAUGCGGGGCUAUUAGAAAUAGCAUUUCCACUGAACGGUGUCUUAAGUGAAGCGCAUCUGCGGCUACUGGCUGUUAUUUGUGAAAAUCAUGUGCGUUUUGCACACCACUGCUUCAUGAAGCCGCCAGAUUUCAUAUACAAGCUGUUGCCCUCCUACGAUGAUGAUGAUGAUGACGAUGACGACGAUGAUGCCGAAGAUGGCACCGAGAACGAACAGCGUAUGGAUACAACAGAAGAGCAGACCAAUAAGCAGCAAGCGCGCGUGCCAACAGAGAGCGUUGACAGUGCAACAAUAGCAAACGACUUGGCCGCAACAGCGAAUUCUAGCGCAGUUGCGCAGGAAGUGGCUGCACAGCCCACAAAACAUAGCAGCAUUAAAGGGCGCGCCCGAUGUGAGUGCUAUACGAAGCUAUGUUUGAGCGUGGUGACGCUGCUCUUCCAGCUGAUGCGACAAUGGCAGUGUAACGGACGAAAAAUAGAGACAUUACGCGUAGCAGAGAUCUCGCAAAUAUCCGUACAGUUAUUGCAUACGAUUUUUUGCGACAACUACUCGACGCACCUCUUCCGUUAUGCCGAAGAGACAACUAAGCACUAUUUGUGGUUGAUCUGUGAAUGCUGGUCGGAAAAUGCUAAAUGCUUAAAAUUUAACAGCGUACAAAUGAACUUUCUUGACAAAUUGCGUGCCUUUCAUAUUAUGCCCAAACAGCUAAAUGAAGAGGGUAAUGUUGCUAAUGUAAUUAACGAUCUAAAGGAAUGGCAUUCGUUAACCAAUGAUAACUCAACGUGUGGUGUUACUGCGGAUCCAAAUGCUAUGGUCAAUCUGCCAUUCGCUGCUGAAAAAUUGGACAUAAUGCGUUGUGCUGUUGAUGAGUCGAAAUUCUUUGAAGGCCUCAAUGGCUAUGCAUUUAAUUUUGAGUGAUCAGUCGCAGCUACAUCUUAAGAUUUUGUAUGUUGAAUUAGAUAAGUGUUAGUUGUUAAUGGCUUUUUUGCGCUAUGCAACAAAGAAAACGGGUUACACACUAAAUUUUAUUAGUGCGUGGCGUUUUGACUAUGGUUUUCCUUAUUUGUUCAUAAUUUGCCAUAUAUUAUUAUUUCAUCGUGACUAUUGUAGUUACUGAUUUUUAAUGUAAUUCAAUUUGAAAUGUUAAAUAAAAGAAAAAAAUUUUUUUGAUUUAAAAAACCACGACGUGGACUACGUGUGAGCAAGAAUAAACGAUUUUCAACUCUAGUUCGGACGAAGGUAGGGUAUUAACGUAACCGGAACGACGCAGAUUAUAUCUAGCCAGGUAUUGUUUUUAGAUAUAUGGCCACUACAUAUGGACAUAUGUAAGCAUAUUUUAAUAUACUGAUAAUAAUUGAUUUCUGAAUUGUACGCUGGUUCA